AUGAACCGUUUGAUACAGUCAUCUCUGCGCCCUCCGGCUCAGGACCGUGAAGAGAAAUCUGAGCUGUUGUCAAAGAAAAGGGUUAGGACCGAGACUAAAAGCCGGACUCUGCUUCAAACCCAAGGCCUCAAGGACGAGGGAUCCACGGAGGAGAGAUGCAGGGAGAGCGCCGUCAUCCUCACAUCGGGGGUUUCUUUGUAAUUGAACCCCCCUGUGGACAGAAAGUCAUUUUUAAUGGCUCUGAAAAAAGAGGAAAGACGUGAUUUAAAUGUUCAGCUCGGUGACUUUACAAGACUCUGUGACAGAAACAAGAGGAACCGACAGGAAGAAGGAAGGGGAUGAAUUCGUUAGGCACUGUUAGCAUGGUGGCAAGUGUUCAGAGUGGGAGGCUGGGAAAAAAAAAACCCACCUGAACUAUCUCCGGGUACAAGCUUUCUGUGAACACCUGUUAUCUUCACCUGCAGCUGUGAGCUGAAUAGAAAUCACAUCCUGCUGCUUCUGCCGGUGGACAUUAUGGAUGGAAACAGCCGAGCGUAUUUAACACUCCUGCUGUCAGUGUGUGAGCGUUUACACGUCUGCAUACAGAGGAAGGUCUCCGCAAAGGAAAUGGAAUGUCAUAAAAAAGAAAAGAGAGAUUGUCUUUAUAUAUGCAUUUAAGUGAAUGAAUAUUUAUGAUCUGUUGAAUUAUUCACUCUUACAGGACUUCUCAGUGUGUGCGACUCUGUCUCCACGUGUCCAAAACAUAUUCCAGUCCUCGGGAUGAUUAACCUUCGUGCCACAGUAGAUCCUGGAGUAGUCAGAGGAAGAGGAGGAUGAGGAGGAGGACUUAUUCUUGUACGCUAAUAUUAGACCCUUUAUCGGUUGAACAACAGAAGCUGCACCGUGGUUAGGGUGACCGUAUUCUGAAACCCAAAGCUCAAAACUUCCAAACACAACCCGGGACAUUUGAAGGAUUUUACAAACUCCCCCGGACAAGGCCGGACAGCCCCCCGGAAAAGAGGACAUGUCCGGGUAAAAGAGGACGUACAGUCACUCUAACCACAACGCCAAAACCCCAAACUGAAGAGGUGAAGGUCUAACCCCCAAUCUCCACCUUCAUCCUGAUCGUCUCCUAAAAGGUCGUAUCCUCCGAUCGUAGCUGAUCGUAACCAUUCAAGUUAACGUGUCAAUUUACACCGACUUCUUUCCGUUCCUCUGCGGAUCGCCGGACUCCUCAGCUGAUCACAAGAGUUCUAUUUUUUUCGGACGCCGGAGCAUGGCGGAUAAAUUCAGCACAGAUUAACCCGUGCUGGAAAGGAAGUCGGGCACAGACACAAAAUAAAACAUCCGGCUUCUUUUCAAAAUAAAACACUCCGUGUUUCAGGAGGAUCGUAUUUCACACCAUGCAAACGGGCGGAGACGAACAAGUGAAAGGUUUUUAGACGUCAUUUCACCCCGAUGACACCAUGGAUGAGGAGAUGCUGAUUCUAGAAGUCUAGAAGUAGAUUCCCUCCUCUGGAAGGACACAAUCUACUGCUUAUAUGUCUAUGUAGCUAAAGACAACUUGUUCAUGAUUCCUGCUGUCCGUAAUCCGCCACAAAAUUUGCCUCUCAAACGGAUCUGGUAGGAAUCGGCAUACGGCAAAAAAGGCUGCUGUUCCGGAUGCGGUGGAAAUCCUGCGUAAGAGGUUAGUCACAUGACCAGGUAUGAAGAGGACAUGAAGAACCUGGACUUUGGUCAGGCCGGUGUAGGUACCAGAUGUAUUCCAGCUGCCAGAUCAGCUCAGGGCCCGGAGCCUGUUGAUGACAUCACGUUAUAUGAUUGGCUGGAAGUUGGUUGGGAUGACGUACAAGAUCGUGGUCGGUCCGGACAUUACAGAAGUGGUUUUCUCCGGAUAAGUGUCAUGGGAUUGUAGUUCUUUGGAGAAAACAUGGAUGAAUUCUACAAAGAAAUCUAUCGCUACUUAUCGAGGGGGACUUAGGACAGCCGGACUACCGCCUCUUUUUGGGAAAUGUGAAAUAAAAGCAAAACUAUCGAUUAACUGAGAUCCUGAGAACAUUUUAUUUCCUUUUUCCUUUAGAGAAAAUUAAAGUAGAGUAAGUUGUAAUUCUCUGUUUUAUAUGGAGAAAAAAUUUCAAUGAACAAACGGAAAUAAAGAAAACCUCGGGGGGCUUUUAACCGAGCACACUUGACCUAUUAAAUGGAGCGCAAUGCGGGACGUCUUCCUGAACACAUCUGGUACCUCCAGUGGAUGGAAAUAAGAGGAGGUGUCGACAUUUUGCUGACGAUACUCUGGUGUUUUUUAGUUCCUCUGAUUCAGAAAGCGGUCAGUGACAGGAAUGAAAACACGCGAUCAUCAGUGUGUUGUAGUUUCCUCUCAUGUUUAAAGAGUCUCUUUGUAUCAGGCCUUCAGGGAACUCAUCAUGGACACAGAAGAGCUCUUCAAACAAAGCUGCUCCCUCUUUUCUCUCAUUAUCAGAAUCAAAGAUGAAAAGAGCAAAAAACCAUGUCUGAUCAGAGGAAACCGCCUCUAUCUGAAGGAUGUCAUUCUGUUUGAUUAAACUGAUCACACACUUCAGUUACUCCGACGCAGUUCACAGAUCCGAGGGAGUCUGCUUUGUUUGCCGAGCGGUGUUUCUUUUGGCGCUAGUCCUUUAACGACCGAAAACUAAAGACGGUCAGCUUUUCAACGGUAACCUGAGGAACACAUCGGAAUGACCGCUUUAAAGAUGACGUGGGUUCGAUCCUCUUGACUUAUAAAGGACAUGAGUGAAAUCCCAGUUUAGCAGGCAGCAGCUUCGGUGUAAAGGUAAACCGAACUUUAAUCUUCAAAAGUUGUUUUUAUUCUCUCCGUUUCUGGAAUAACUUGUCUGCGAAUCUUUAAAGUCUUGAAGAGCUAAUUUCCUUUCCUCGGAGGCUUCACUCCGUCUUAAUUAUUCAUCCUCAUUAUCGCACCUGCCUUCAUCCUGAUUGGUUUAUCUACUUCCUGUAUCGACAGCUACAAGAACAUCAUCAGUCUUAGCAGCUGGUCCUGGUUUGAGGAGUGUCAGGACAUGAGGAUUACUGAGGGUAUUUACGGGGUAAUCAAUAGAUGGGGGGGAUGGUGGGCGGAGUCUGUCAAUAAUGAGGUCUUAAUAGAACGAGAGAGUGAGAGGUGAGGAAGAGGAGAGAGACGGACAUUCAAAUUAGAGCUGUAAUUACAUUGACCUGUUUCUGAGAGGAGGAGGAGGAGGAGGAGGAGGAGGAGAGGAGGAUGAAGAGGAGGAAGGAAAGGAUCAGGGACGAGGAAACAGAAGGAGGAGGAGAGAAGGAUAAAGAGGAGGAAGGAAAGGAUCAGGGACGAGGAAACAGAAGGAGGAGAGGAGAGAAGGAUGUAGGGGAGGAAGGAAAGGACCAGGGAUCAGGAGAGAAGGAUGAAGAGGAGGAAGGAAAGGACCAGGGAUGA